AUGUCACUCGAGGGAGCGCACGCGGGCGCAGACCGUGCCAAUGCACGCAUAAAUGCAGCCGCAGCCCAAGACGGUGAUUCAGCGCCGGAUUCCAGUCGAUCAUCGAUGUCCUAUACAAGGACAUAUUCGACCCCAGCGACCGGUGCACAAACACCCGAUCCGCUAAUGGGUAACACCACUGUCGUGAACAAAGUUGCUCUCCACGACCUCGCCAACAAAGAUUUCAGCAAUGGCCACGAACCCGAGAGCUACGCCCUCGACACCCAAAUGAAGAACCGAAAACCAUCGGUCUCGGUGUCCCGUCGUCGGGACGAUCUCUCCGGCGAGGAAUCGGCAUCGCCGAUACGCGGCAAGCAAGGCAUCCCGCCCGAGCUCCCGAACUUCACAGCCGAGCUCGUCAUGAUCUUUGUCUGCUCAGCCGGUCUAAUGCUCUUCUCGUUCCUGCUAGGCGACAUGCUAGCACCUCAAGAGCAAAUCAAAAAGGCCCUCGGAAUCACCAGCACCGAGCUCCCCUGGGUCGUCGGCGCCUUCAACACCGCCAACGGCCUGUCGGUUAUCAUCUCCGGCUCGCUAACAGACCUGAUGCCUCCGAAACUUCUCAUGGUCGGAGCCUUCGCCUGGCUCGCCGUUUGGAAUAUCGUCGGGGCUUUCACGCUCCACCCAUCCCGAUACGUCUUGUUUUUCGUCAUGCGCGCCAUGCAGGGUCUCGCCAUCGGCGUCCUCGUCUCCGGCAGCAUGAGCAUUCUCGGCCGCGUCUAUACUCCCGGUAUACGCAAGAACCGCGUUUUCUCUGCCAUGGCCGCGACUGCUCCGUUCGGGUUCUCCCUCGGAGCUAUCCAGGGUGGCGCUCUAUACCAGCAUCUUCCGUGGAUCUUCGGGUCAAAUGCUAUUAUCUGCGCAUUACUCUGUGUCGCAGCCUGGUAUACUAUUCCGUCUCUUCGACCGAUGGCAGAUAUUGCCGGUACAGAGGCCCCGUCAAUUAAGCAGUUCGAUUAUAUCGGUGGGUUCUGCGCUGCUGGCGGUUGCGUCUGUCUUUUGUUUGGUCUGACACAAGGUCCCGUUGCCUCGUGGUCCCCUUACACAUAUGUCCUUAUCAUAAUUAGCUUCAUUCUUUUCAUCGGGCUCUUCUUCGCCGAGCGCAAAGCCGUACGCCCGCUCAUUCCCAAUCGUCUCUGGCGUACACCCGGUUUCACCCCGCUGAUGAUCGCGUAUUUCCUGGGCUUCGGCUCUUUCUUCGGCUGCUGGCAAUUCUACGCAAUCCAAUUCUGGCUGCGUAUUCAGCACGCCAGUCCACUUGCAGUGGCUCUUUAUCAUAUCCCCAAUGCAUUGGUCGGUGUACUGGCUACGGUAAUUGUUGCUAAGACUUUGCACCUUGUGCCUGGGCACUAUAUUUAUGCCGUUUCCAUGCUUGCAUUCACACUUGGGUCGGCUUUCUUCUUGCCUCAAACCCCCAAUACCACCUACUGGGCUUUGUCCUUCCCUGGUAUUGCACUGGUGACGUUUGGCCCUGAUCUUGCAUUUGCUGCGGCUUCAAUUUUCAUCACGAGUAAUGUGGAACGAUCAUAUCAGGGAAGUGCUGGCGCUCUCCUGGUCACGAAUCAGAAUCUGUCAUCUGCUAUCAUGACAAGUGUGGCUGAUGCCAUUGGUACCCGUGUCGACAGGGGUGCUGAUGGAGAGAUCGGGCUUGAUGGACUGCAUGCUAUCUGGUGGUUUGCACUUGCGGCGCAAUUGCUUGGUGCUUUGGUGACGAUCGUUUGGGUCAGAAUUCCUAAGGAAGAGGAAAAGGAGCAUGUGACUUAA